AUGUCUUGCUUAUAUAGCCAUGUGGCGUGGUCAUAUUUUAUUCAAUAAAGGAAGUGUGGCUGUGCUCUGAGGACGAGGAAGUUUAAUUUUUAUAAAGUUCGCGUGUUUUCAGGCCUUCAGGCUUAAUUUAGCGGUAAUUUCUCGCUUUGGCUGAAGAAAACAGACUGGAUAAAAUGAAGUACAUUAUAGGAAUCGGCGGGGUGACAAAUGGAGGGAAAACCACACUGACCAAUAGGUUAGUCAAAGACUUGCCUAACUGUUGUGUGGUUCACCAAGAUGACUUUUUCAAGCCACCGGAUCAGAUAGAAGUCGGAGAGGACGGCUUUAAACAGUGGGAUGUGAUAACAGCGCUGGACAUGGAGGCCAUGGUGAACACCAUCAAAGGCUGGCUCGAAAACCCAGUGAAAUUUGCAAGAUCCCACGGCAUUCAAGUGACUCCAGCUACAGAAAUUGGCUCUCCAGAGAGCCAAAUCCACAUCCUAAUUGUGGAAGGAUUUCUUCUGUACAAUUACAAGCCUUUGAUGGAUGUGUACGACAAAUGUUAUUACAUCACCAUCCCCUACGAGGAGUGCAAAAGAAGGAGAAGUACAAGACAGUACACAGUCCCUGACCCUCCUGGCCUGUUUGAUGGCCAUGUAUGGCCCAUGUACUUGAAGCACAGAAUGCAGAUGGAGGAGAGCUGUUUGCCCAUUGACUACCUGGAUGGCUUGAAAACCAAAGAUGAGAUCUACAACCAGGUGUAUGAAGACAUCCACAAUACACUUCUGAAUCGUUUAUAGCAGGAGCAUCCUGAGCAGCAGCUCCCAUUGUACAGAACUGUAAAUACCUCCCACUGAAGACCCUUUCAUCCUGAAGAUUUUUCUUUCUUUUGUUUUUCUUUACAUUUUUAAACCAAAUGCAUAUGUUUUGUAAAUAGUAUGAUGGAAUGUUAACUUAUGACAUUGGAGGAACAUUUUUCAUUUUAGUUUUUUGUUAUGGAAUUAUUUUAUUGUUUGUAUUUGAAAAUACUAUUCAAGGAAGUACCUAGUUACCCUCAUUCCAUGAAGGCAAUAAUCUCCUUUCCAUUCAAUGAAGAAUGUUUGCCAAAUAAACUCCAGUUUGUUACUGUC